GGUACUUUUUUCAUUUUCAGAGUUAACCUAUUACAAACUAAAAUUACGCCUUAAGUAAAAAUAAUGUCCAAUGACAAGAAUGAUAUUGUAGAUAAAAUAAAAACUGAAUUUAGGAAUUCUUCAAUUAGAGACAUCCUCAAAAGCCAAUUUACAAAUGGAAAAAUAAAAAUAAAUGAGGAGCCAGUUAGUCUGAUAGCCAAAUUGGUAAAAGUGAUGACUGUUGAAUCAGCAAUGAGAGCUGCAGCAGAAGCUGAGGCCAAUAGAAAGACAACAGUUGAUUUAAAUCACAUAGAAACAGUAAUAACAAAUUUGUUAUUGGAUUUCCCUUAAAAUAAAUCCAUGUCAUUGCCAGCAUUGACAUCCAAGAAGUCAUCAUCGUAGGAGUCUAAUUUUCUCCCAUC